UUCAUUCACAACAACACAAACUAUUUCACAUUUCUUCAGCAUUAAAAAAAAAAAAACAGUUUCCAUUCCUCCGACCAGAGUUUUUAUUUCAUUCACAACUUAAAACAUCCAUCCCUUUUAGUACAUCAAUGAAAGAAAUGAUGAGUAACAAGAGAAGAGGAGAAAUGGAAGAGAGCAUGGCAGCAACCAUGACAAAGUGUUUAAUGCUAUUAUCACGUGACCGUGGAGAGAUGGACUAUCAAUCCGUGAUUCAGCAAAAGAUAAUGCCAUCAAGUACUCAAGGCCGUUUUUACGAGUGCAAAACCUGUGAUAAACAAUUUCCAUCGUUUCAAGCACUAGGAGGACAUAGAGCAAGUUACAAGAAACCUCGGUUAAUGGAACUAUAUUCAUCAGAUAAUCAUAUUAUAAAUUACAACCAACAGAAAGCGAAGAAACAAAAGGGUCAUGAGUGUUCGAUUUGUGGUUUAACGUUUGCGAUUGGACAAGCUUUAGGUGGGCAUAUGAGAAGACAUAGAGCUGCCAUGGUUGAAUCUUCGGCAACAACGGCAACAGCAGAAACAACAACAACAGGAUUGUCAUCCUCAUCAUCUGAUGAUACUAACAUUAGUUUUCAAGAAGAAAGACUACCACAAGUGCCGGUACUAAAGAGAUCAAACAGUAGCAGGAGAGUCUUGAGUCUGAAUUUGGAUUUGAGCUUAUCUCUUCUUCCUUAUGUUAGUAACGAUUUUGAAUUCUCCACUAUUGUAAAUGAAGACAAACAUAUGCCAUCUUCCCCAUCCAUGAUUUAUAGUUUUAUUUGAUUAUAUAUUAUGAUCAAAAUGUAGCUAGAUUUCACAUAGACAUAGUUGAUGUAUAUUAUUAAAUGAUGGCAUUACUCGUAAAGUUUCCCCAUGUUUAAAUCUGUGCUUUUAUUCCUUCUAUACUUUUACCUAAAAGAAUACGAAAAUAUAUGUUUUGAACGCGCAAAGUCACAUCAUUAAC